GUUAAGCGCUGCAGAGCUUGCGCUGUCAUAUUUUGCUUCACCGCUAGAUGGCGAGCUAGUUUUUCCUGUGCCUCCGUUCGGAUCGGUUAGCCAGGGCUUUACUUCUAUUGUACCAGACGGGCUGCUGCUUUUUUGUAACGUGAGGAUGGGGUUAGGUGUAUCGACUGAGGACAGGGAGAGGUACAAGGCUGACAUUGGGGCUCACCUUUACGCCGCCAUGAAAGAAGCAGGGGGCCUUCCGGAUGUGGGCAUUGACCAGGCCCUGCUGGACAACGCUGACCUCCGACCACCGGUGGCGCUGCAGGAUUCCUUCAAGCAGCUCAGGAAGCAUGUGGAUGCCAGGGGUCCAGCUUACCUGAAGGAGCUGAUGGCCAAGCUGGUUGUUUUCACUGAGGAGCCCCAGCUGAUGGGCCUGCUGACCCUGGUGAUCUCCAUGGUGAUGGAGACGGCCUACGCCUCCUCCCGCAAGCCCCCGCCGGGCGUGCUGGUGAACGGGAAGGUGUCCGAACUGCGGGGCCUGAUCGAGGAGUACCUGAAAAGGUGCCGGAUGCACGAGUCUGAGGAGGCGGAGCUGCGGGAGGACACGCGGCGGCUGGAGGCGCAGCUGAGCUACCAGCUGACGCAGAUGAAAGGCGCUAUACUCAGCGAGGGCCCCGCCAACUCCUGGGCGCUCAAGCACUGGGUGAACGGCGCCGUGCUCCACGCACAGAUGCUGGUGCAGCUGGCGCGGAUGGACGGGCGCGGCAACGGCCCGGCUCGCGCAGCCCUGGCCGGGUACCGCAAUGACCUGCGUGAGCUGCUGGCCGCAUACCGGCGGCACAAAGCCGCCACCGUGUCCGUCUCGAAGUGCAGGGCGGGACAGCCGCCAGACGAUGCCCUUGGUGACGCCGGGACCGUGACGGGAUACUGCAUCUCUGACAAGGAGCUGGGCGUGUCUGCCGCGGUGCCGCUGCCGGACGGCGCGCUCCCGGUCGGGGCAUGCGUCAGCACCGACUGCUGUGCCGAGGCCUACCUGGACCAUAUAUUCUCCCACCACCCCCAAAUCGCUGGCAUGGAGCGGUACUUCUCCGAAACUAUCAACAGCCUUCUGGAUCCCCCACAGGCAGACGUCCCGCCUCCUGCUACCAGCGGCCAAUCAGUGUAGAUUAGCGCUCAAGUGACCGAUAGAAUAAAACGGUGCCUAUGAAGUAAUGAAAUUAGUCAGUUUCGGUGAUCUGUCGUUGGGAUGAGCUCAUAAGCUCCCUGUGUAGGUGGGCUCACACGACGGCAGGAGACGAUGCCUGUUAAAGCCAAACGCUUUACGCCUUUGAAUAUUUAUAAGGCGUCUGACUUGUCUGUAGAUUCUGCUUUGCGUGAAUCUUUCAUGCUCACGAUUUAAGUUAACAAACUAAAAAUGAAUGAAUUCAGAUGGUUGCAUAAGUAAAAAUGGAAGAAAAAAAAACUUGAUAGAAAAAGAGGAUCAGUAUUUAACUUUGGAACUGGGAGAGUGUUACUCUGAGUUCCUAGUCUAAAUGUCUCCUUCCAGGACAAAAGCCCAUCCGCAUGUCCAUGGUGUAACACGACCUCUAACUCCGUCUGUGACCACCGCGGUCUGGUGGGAGAGGCUCUCUGUAGUGUUCCUCGAUGAGUAAAGCCCCACCUCAACGUUUGCACAUUGAGAGACGGCCAAUCAGCCGCUCUGCAGCGUGCCGUUAUUACUGCCAUUUUGUUCCAAAUACAGUAACAUUUCUGUUACAGACAAUCAGAUUGGCCAUCGCUGUUUUUAACCACGUGUUAAAUGGUUUACAAACUGUAUAAUUAUGUACCAAGCAUGUCUAUAAUGACCUGUGUCUUGAUGAUACUCAUAAUAAUCGAUACUUUAUUGAUCCCUGUGGGGAAAUUAUCUUUACGCCUCCCUCAACUUGCUCUUUGUAGAGAAAGCUGUCCGUGAAGGGCAACCAUCCGUAGGAAGGCCCAGGGAGAGAAAGGGUUAAGGGCCUUGCUCAAAGACCCGCAGACGUGCUGAGGCUGGGUUUGAAGCAGCGACCUUCAGAUUACAGGCACACAAGCUUAGCCCACUGUCCCACUGAAUACCUGCAAAUAAAAAUCAAACUACGAUGA